AUGGAGGAGCAGGACCCAGGAGGACCUGGACCUGGCAAGAGAGCAAGGAAAGGCCCCCAUCCUGUCCAAGCUGGGAGUGGCAUUGAAUCCUGGCAGAGAGCUGUGCCAGAAAUCUGGGAUCAGGAGCCUCUGAACUCAGAAGUACAUUGCCGACGCUUCUGGCAGUUCCGCUACUGUGAGGCCGAUGGGCCCCGGGAGGCAGAGGAGAAAUGGAGGCGCAGGACCCAGGAGGAACUGGACCUGGCAAGAGAGCAAGGAAAGGCCCCCAUCCUGGCCAAGCUGGCUGAACAGAGCUGGGGUCCAUCCAUGAAGAUGGAAGCUGAGUUCUGUGAGAUGGAAAGAGCUCCUUCAGAGGAAGGGCAGCUGGCCCGAGCCCAAGAGCGCGCCCAAGGUGCCCUCUCCUGCGGUAGCGAAGAGACAGUGUUCAGCCAUUCUCUUUGCAGAGGAGAGAAACCAUGCGAUUGUGAGGAAUGUGGAGAGACCUUCCGUUGGAAACCAGCCCUUUCUUCCCAUCAAAGAAUUCACUCAGGAGAGAAACCUUUUGAAUGCUCAGAGUGUGGAAAGAGAUUCAGUCGCAGUGGCAAUCUUCUAGAGCAUCAAAAAACCCACACAGGGGAGAAACCUUUUGAAUGCUCAGAGUGUGGAAAGAGAUUCAGUCGCAGUCACCAUCAUCAAGAGCAUCAAAAAACCCACACAGGGGAGAAACCUUUUGAAUGCUCAGAGUGUGGAAAGAGAUUCAGUCACAGUGGCAGUCUUCAAGAGCAUCAAAGAACCCACACAGGGGAGAAACCUUUUGAAUGCUCAGAGUGUGGAAAGACAUUCAGUCGGAGUGGUGAUCUUCAAAGUCAUCAAAGAACGCACACAGGGGAGAAACCUUUUGAAUGCUUAGAGUGUGGAAAGAGAUUUAGUCAAAGUAGCAAUCUUCAACAGCAUCAAAGAACCCACACAGGGGAGAAACCUUUUGAAUGCUCUGAGUGUGGAAAGAGAUUCAGUCGCAGUGACGCUCUUCAAAGUCAUCAAAGAACCCACACAGGGGAGAAACCUUUUGAAUGCUCAGAGUGUGGAAAGAGAUUUAGUCAAAGUGGCAAUCUUCAAAAGCAUCAAAGAACCCACACAGGGGAGAAACCUUUUGAAUGCUCAGAGUGUGGAAAGAGAUUCAGUCAGAGAGGCCAUCUUGAACAGCAUCGAAGAACCCACACAGGGGAGAAACCUUUUGAAUGCUCAGAGUGUGGAAGGAGAUUCAGUGAAAAUGGCAGUCUUCAAGGGCAUCAAAGAACCCACACAGGGGAGAAACCUUUUGAAUGCUCAGAGUGUGGAAAGACAUUCAGUCGGAGUGGUGAUCUUCAAAGUCAUCAAAGAACCCACAUAGGGGAGAAACCUUUUGAAUGCUCAGAGUGUGGAAAGAGAUUCAGUCAGAGUGGCAGUCUUCAAAGUCAUGAAAGAACCCACACAGGGGAGAAACCUUUUGAAUGCUCAGAGUGUGGAAAGAGAUUCAGUCAGAGUGGCAAUCUUCAACAGCAUCAAAGAACCCACACAGGGGAGAAACCUUUUGAAUGCUCAGAGUGUGGAAAGACAUUCAGUCGGAGUGGUGAUCUUCAAAGUCAUCAAAGAACCCACACAGGGGAGAAACCUUUUGAAUGCUCAGAGUGUGGAAAGAGGUUCAGUCAGAGAGGCACUCUUCAACGGCAUCAAAGAACACACACAGAGGAAAAUCAUUUUUGA